AUGGGGAUUAAAAUCAAGUCAAUCAUGGAGAUGACACCACCACACUCUCAAAAAGCCUUGAAGAAAUUCCUAGGCAAAGUGUCAUACCUGAGGAGGUUCAUUCCAGCUCUUGCUAAGAUAACCUUUUCCUUUGAGACAUUACUGAAAGGAAAUCACAAGUUUGAAUGGUUGCAAGAACACCAACAGGCAUUCGAUAUGGUGAAGCAAGUACUUACCUCUCCACUUACAAUGAUUGCCUUACAACCUGAAAAAUCCCUACUACUGUACCUCACUUCUACACCUCGGUUUAUUGGAGCUCUACUUGUCCGAGGCAUAGACGGUGUUGAGAAACUAGUCUAUCAUAUCAGCUACAAAUUUAAUAGUGUUGAAUCACGGUAUACCCCAAUUGAGAGGCAUUAUUUAGCCUUAAUCUUCACGACGCAGAAGUUACACCACUAUUUUUUGGCACACCCGAUCCAGGUUGUAACUAGGAGUGAUCCAGUUCGCUACUUAUUGAGCAAGCCCGCUUUGAUGGGAAGAAUGGCACAAUGGAUUUUGGCUCUCGUAGAAUAUGAAAUCACUUGCGUUAUGCCUAAGGCUAUUAAGAGCCAAGCACUUGCGGACUUGCUAGCACAAUUCCCAUCUAGUGAACAUAAAUUUGCAGAGGCUGAAUAUGAGGUGUUGAUACUAGGUCUAAUCGCUGCUCAAAAGGAAAGCCUCCGUCCUAUAGUGCAGCAAUCCAAAUGCCACAGAUGGAUACUUGCAACGACUGAAGUUAGUACUAAGUGGCUAGAGGUUAUACUAAUGAGGAAAGCUGAUAAGGCAGGAGCGGCCAACUUCAUCAAAGAAAACAUAAUUUAUAGGUUUGGCAUAUCCAAGGUGAUGUUGUCUGAUAAUGGGGCCCCCCCUGUGAACUGCCAUGUGGGAAGAUUGUUGGACACUUAUCAGAUCAAGCACCACAAGUCUACCAUGUACUACCCGCAAGGGAACAGACAAGCUGAGCAAUCUAAAUGCCACAGAUGGAUACUUACAACGACUGAAGUUAGUAUCAAGUGGCUAGAGGUUAUACCAAUGGGGAAGGUUGAUGAGGCAGGAGCGACAAACUUCAUCAAAGAAAACAUAAUUUAUAGGUUUGGCAUACCCAAGGUGAUGUUGUCUGAUAAUGGGACCCGCUCUGUGAACUGCCAUGUGGGAAGAUUGUUGGACACUUAUCAGAUCAAGCACCACAAGUCUACCCUGUACUACCCACAAGGGAACAGACAAGCUGAGGUAACCAACAAAACCCUCAUCCGAAUACUAAGUAAAAUGAUGGAUGAAGUAUGGGGUACAUGGUUCGAACAACUCCCCGUAGCACUUUAG